AUGACAGCUAUCAGGGCCACUAUCCAUAACCAUGCCUUGUGGUCGAUUUUGGAGUGGCGUGCCACCAGCAGAAGGGAGGAGUUUAAAUUUUGGGCCGGUGCCGUGAGGUCGGACGGUCGGAUAUCCGAGGUGUCCUCCGGCCGCCGAUCUUCAACCCAUGCGGCAUUUCUAGCGCUUCAUGGUGCACAAUGCUAUGAUGAAGCAAUCCAGGCCUUCCAAAUCAUGAUGACCAAAUUGGAUGAUGCCACUGACGUUCCGACUCAAAAGCUGCGCCAGCAGUAUCUUAGUCCAUCCGAAGUAGCACAUGACAUUCGACAGGUUAUUGAUACACAACUGGAAAACGCACCAUUUCGUACACUCGGUACUAUCACCGAGCUCUUAUGUGAUUGA